AUGGCGGAGCUGAGGGCUCUUCAGCUCGAGGUAAGCUCUUUGCGGGAUCGCUUGGACACCUUGGCCGCCAAAGUGACAGGCAUGGGCCGCACCCAUGAGUUGCUGGAGACGCUGGAGAGCGAAGCUUCCUUGCAGCUCCACCGGCUGCCGCCACCAGCGUUCGCUGCUCCAGACCAUUCCAGCCCAAAGAGUGCAGGCGCCUCGAGCGCCAUCAGCGCCUCGCCGCUGCUCCGGCUUCUGCACGUGGCGACUGACGUGCUUGUAGAGCUUCACGACAAGAGCGUAUGGAGCCCCAAGCAGCAGAGCAUGCCCAGCUCUCCGACACGGAGUCCCUUUCAUCAGAGUCCAGGUGGAAUCCAUCAUGUGGAGGCAGAGCUUUCCUCCACGCUUGAAGUGGGCGGCCGCAUCCUCGGCCAAGGCACUUGGGCUACAGCUUACCGCUCAGCCUCAGGUCCCCGGCGUCAAGCCUUAAGGCUCUUGUGUGAACUGGGCAUUAUCACGGACCGAGAGCUCUCAGAGGACCUAACGGAGGUUCCUCCUGACCAUGUAGAGGAUUGCAUCCGCAUUGGCAGUGAGCUUCUCAUGCACUGGCCUCCGGCUGGCGGCCCGCCACCCAAAGAAGAGGCUCGCAACUUCUUCCAGGAGCGGCUCAAAGCUAUAUACAUGCUGAAGGCUCCGAAGGCUCCCUUCGCGUAA